AUGUUACACGAGGUAUAUAAGUGUAUUGGUCAACUAUCAAAGAGCACAGAUGUUCCAUACUUGGGCGAAGAUAUCGAUAGGCUAAGAGUCUAUCUUCGAGGUGCUGAUAUAGAAGGAUUGAGAAGAUUACUACGCGAAUAUCAAGUAUUUGAUAAACACAAGACUGAUCCAAUCGAACAUUAUGUCAAGAGAGUCAAUGGAAUGCUAUCAAAAUCUGAGCAAGAUGAGGUGGAUGCAAUCACCAACUCAACAUUCAUGAAUGGAUCAAACUCAACGAACAUGGUUACCAACUCAACGACACCAUUGUCAUCAUCACCACCAGCAUCAUCGACAUCACCAUCUUCACAGUCCAUUGUUGGACAUAAGCAUUCAUUGGCAUUCAAUAUUGUAUCAAAGAGUGGAAGGAUAUUACAAAGCUCAGACAAUGUACUUUUGAAGAAGUUGAAAUGGGUCGAGGAACAGAAUGUUACAUUUCUUCAAUGGUUCCCAACAGGCGAUGUACCAAUCCUGCCACAGAUCGAGUUCUCACCUCCACCUCGUCGUCGCUCCACUGUCUCCCCUCCACCUCGUCGCGCCCUCACCCCUCCCUCCAAACCUCCACUCACAAGUGAUGAUCUUAUCAACAACAACAACAACAACAACAACAACAGUGCUGGUGGAAGUAGGAAUGGCAGUGUCAAUGGCAGUGUCAAUGGUAGUCUCAAUGGCAGUGCUAAUCCUGGACGUCUAUCAUUCGAGUCAGCACCACAGGCACCAUCAUCACAGCCACCACCAUCACAACCUCAAACUCAAACUCAAACAUUGGAUACCUCAUCAUCAUCAUCAAUUGUAAAUAGUCAAUCAACAUUGAGAGAGUCAACCAACUCCAACACGAGUGUGUCACUCUCAGCGAGUCUUGGAUCGUCAACCAACAGCAUUGGCGCAACCAACAACACUUCAUUGGCUCUGGCGGAUGCGGAGAACGAAGAGCUCGGUCUCUCACCAAUCAACCAGAUAUACCGACCAGAGUUUGGCAACGUCGAGUUUGCCAUACUGGUGACACUAUCGAUCCACUCGCGCAAGUUCACGAUGGGCCAACUCGUCCAGAACUCGCAGUCAUUCUGCCUGCACGACAUGUACGACCCAGAGGUGCAAUCGCAUCUCCCGUCCAAGCUCAUGAUGCUGGUGGCCAACGACCUCGUGGGCAACGAUGGCUCCGAUCUCUACUACCAAUCGGGCGCCGGCAAGGAUCUCGGCAGACACUUCCACGACAUAUGGUUCGACCGCGAUAACUUCCUCAAGAAGAACCAGCUCACACCGUCAGUGGCGCAGACCAACGUGGUCGUGGUCAUUGAUCAACGCGAGCAAACCAAGGCUGCCAAGCUGAUUGAGACAUUCCUGUGCGACAUGGGAAUACGCACUGUGAACCGCAAGCUAACGGCAGGUGACUUUGCCUUCAUCCCGGCCACGCAGGCCUAUUCAGAGACUCUGAGCGAGUCCGAGUUGUACCCAUUCACCAUCGAGCGAAAGACCUUCACCGAGUUCUAUCGAUGCCUUACCGAUCAGAACUAUGGCGUGCUGAUGGCCAAACGAAGCAAGUUCACCUAUCCUUCGAUUCUCCAGAGUGGCGGCUGGAUCUACAUUGUCGAGGGCGAAGUCGAGUCGUACAAGGGCACGGGCGCACCGACACGCGAGGAGUACAACAGACUGUGCGAGCGCAUGGCUAACUCGGAAUCAUUCCGACUGCUCCACACCGACUCGGUGAUGGGCACCAGCAAGUACCUGGCGAUGAUGGCAUCGAUCCUGGAUACACAGUGGGGCAGUCGUCCAAAGCUAAAGUUUGAGACAGUCAAUGCAUCCGCGAUCAGGAAUCCACCACUGACGCAGUUGAACGUCAACUCUCCGCGCAGCCGCUUCGUCAUCAAGCCGCCAAUCGAGUUCUUCAAGGAGUACAUAUUCUCGACGGACUUUAGAGAGCGAGUGGGCACGAUGAUCGACCAGACCAAGUGCAACCAGGUCAUCUCGAUACUCAUUGCAAACAACGCUGUGGGCGACUUUAGGCAGGAGCUGGCCAGUCGUCUGGACACCAUGCUACAGAACUACCUGAGCUCUCAAAAGACCCAGACGCCCAUGGAGACGCCCUACUUUACACAUGACAACCUGCUACAGAUUGAUCACAUCGAUCCAAUGUUGAUUGACUACUACAUUCUUCACAUGAACCUGAUACUUGGCGUGAGGUUCAUCGCCACAAGCAGUGACAGCCUACCAACGCCAACCAGUUUGCAGGCACUCAAUGACCUUUCCCAGGACAUUGAUCAACUCUGCAAGCUACCAACCACAUUCGGACAGCUUUUCUCGAUAGCCAUCACGAGCAAGAACCGUGAGGUUCAACGAUUGCUUACCCCAUCGCAGUCCCAAUCAAACUCGCAAUCACUGUCUCAGUCGCAAUCACAGCAACAACAGACAUUGAGCCAGCCACAGCCUAGCAUACAGGGUCUUAGCCAAUCGAAUGGAAGUCCCAUCGCAGCAAGUCAGCCACCACCAUCAGAGACAAUAAAUCUUGACGAUGACUGA